GCUAGGCUGAGCUGGAGGCGCGAAGGCUCGAAGAAACUCAAGGGCCGCUGGAGUUGCCCCCUGAGACAUAAACUUGAAAUAAAUAAGGGAAAAGAACCCUGACAAUGUCUUCGGUAGUGUCAGAAUAUACCAUUGGUGGGGUGAAGAUUAUCUUUCCUUGCAAGGCUUACCCUUCACAGCUUGCUAUGAUGAAUGCAAUUGUUAAGGGGUUAAAUUCCAGGCAACAUUGUUUGUUGGAGAGCCCCACAGGAAGUGGUAAAAGUUUGGCGUUACUUUGUUCUGUAUUGUCAUGGCAGCAGUCUCUGCAUGAGAAGUCACUGGAUGAGUUCUCAUGUGAAAAGGAAUGCAAAAAACCAGAGACUUCAUUGCCAUGUCACUGUAGAUGCCAUUCCCAGGCUGUGACUAAUGACGCUACUGCAGAUGUGAACCAAGGUGCUUCUUGUUCUUUCACUAAUUGUAAAGCAGCAACUUCCAUAAAAAGUGAAACACCAUCAACAGACAAAGAACAUAAUGCAAAAGUCACACUGUCUUCAAAAUUAUCUGCAAAGAAAUGGGCAUCUUUACAUAGAGAUGAAAAUGACGACUUUCAAGUGGACAGGAAAAGGAUACGUUUAUUAGAAACUGAGCAGCAGGUAAGAAAACGUCAUUGUUUUGCAAAGGGAGUCCAGUUUGUUGAUGCUUUGGAAGUUUAUCAACAGCGAAGAAAUGGGGAACUGACUGUUCACUCAGAAAAAAUUGCUGCUUUCUCUCCAAAAACAUCUCCUGGCCCCUGCACACAGUGUUCCUGUUCUUCUGCAAAAGAAAAUGGUAAAAAUGUUAGUAAUGCAAAGAGGAAGGAAAAUGGAGGAAAGCCACACAUCCCCAAAAUAUUUUUUGGAACUCGAACACACAAGCAAAUAGCUCAGAUUACUAGAGAGCUGCAGAGGACAGUGUACUCCAGUGUCCGUAUGACAAUUCUUUCUAGCCGGGAUCAUACCUGUGUUCAUCCAGUGGUAUCCAGAAGUAGUAACAGGAAUGAAAAAUGCGCAGACUUGCUGGAAGGAAAAAAUGGCGGGUCCUGUGUUUACUACCAUGGUGUCCAUAAACUUAGUGAACAUCAUGCUCUACAGUUUGCACGUAAGAAGUGUCAGGCUUGGGACAUAGAAGAUCUAGUAAGCCUGGGAAAGAAGCUACGUGCAUGUGCCUAUUUUGCAGCUCGAGAACUCAUGGUGGGGGCAGAUAUUGUAUUUUGUCCUUACAACUACCUGCUGGACCCACAAAUAAGAGAGAGUAUGGAGAUUAACUUAAAAGACCAAGUAGUCAUUUUAGAUGAAGCUCAUAAUAUUGAAGAUUGUGCACGGGAGUCAGCUAGUUACAGUGUUACAGAAACACAGCUGAGAUUUGCUCGAGAAGAACUUGAUAUCAUGGUCGUCAACAACAUCAGACGGAAGGACCAUGAUCCCCUGCGGGCUGUGUGCUACAGUCUGACAAAUUGGCUGCAGGAAAGCUCUGGUCAGCUUAAAGAAAGGGGAUAUGAAACCUCCUGUAAAGUUUGGAGUGGAAAGGAAAUGCUCACCAUUUUGCACAAUAUGGGAAUAACAAAUGCUACAUUUCCUAUCUUGCAGAAACAUUUUGCAGCUGUCCUUGAAAAAGAAGAAAAAGUAUCAAAUCUUCAUGAAGGAGAUGAGCUUAUUGAGGUUCCUAUUGUGAGCCCUGCCACUCAAAUUGUGCUAAAAGGGCUAUUCAUGGUUCUGCUAUAUCUUUUUAAAGAUAACAACAGAUUUGCAGAUGACUACAGAGUUGCUUUGCAACAAACAUAUGUUUGGACAAAUGAAAAGCAACUUGAUAUUCCAGAUAAAAAUGCUUUUUUUGUACAACCAAAAUAUCAGAGAAGUUCACGGCAGAAAACAGCAGUCCAUACGCUUAACUUUUGGUGCUUGAAUCCAGCUGUGGCCUUUUCAGAUUUAAGUGGUAAUGUCAGGACAAUUGUUCUAACAUCUGGUACGCUCUCUCCAAUGGACUCAUUUUCUUCAGAACUUGGUGUGAAGUUUACUAUCCAGCUUGAGGCAAAUCAUGUUAUUCAUAACUCACAGGUUUGGGUUGGCACCAUUGGGGCAGGCCCCAAGGGUCGGAAGCUGCAUGCCACAUUCCAGCAUACAGAGACCUUUGAAUUCCAGGAUGAAGUGGGAGCACUUCUGCUUUCAGUGUGUCAAACUGUUGGCCAAGGGGUCUUAUGCUUUUUGCCAUCUUAUAAGUUGUUGGAUAAAUUAAAAGAUCGCUGGAUGCAUACUGGCUUAUGGAGAAACUUGGAGCUUGUUAAGACAGUAAUUGCAGAGCCUAAAGGAGGAGACAAAGCUGACUUUGAUGCACUGCUCCAAAUAUACUAUGAUGCAAUAAAAUAUAAAGGAGGAAAAGAUGGAGCACUUCUCAUAGCAGUAUGCAGAGGUAAAGUUAGCGAAGGCUUGGAUUUCUCUGAUGACAAUGCCCGUGCUGUUAUAACUAUUGGUAUUCCAUUUCCAAAUGUGAAAGACCUUCAGGUUGAGUUAAAGAGGAAAUACAAUGACCAGCACUCAAAGACAAGAGGCCUUUUACCAGGUAGCCAGUGGUAUGAAAUUCAAGCUUACAGAGCUCUCAACCAGGCACUGGGCAGGUGUAUUCGUCACAAAAAGGAUUGGGGUGCUCUUGUGUUAGUUGAUGAUCGCUUCAGGAGUAACCCUAAUAAAUACAUAACUGGAUUAUCCAAAUGGGUUCGUCAACAAAUCCAGCACCAUGAGAACUUUAGUACUGCACUUGAGUCGUUGGAUGCAUUUGCUAAAAAAAAUCAAGAGGGUGCUGGUUCUUCAACCCAGUGUAAUAGUGAAUCUCUGCUCAUACAUUCAAGUUCAAAAGAUCUGUCACCAACUUCGUUAUGGGAGGCAUCUAUUCAUCUGUCACCAGAUGUUCCUGUUGAAAGUAAGGUGCAGAAUUUGGUCCUGGAAGCUCAUUCGCCUACGGCAAUCAACACAGUUAAUCCUUCAGCAUCCAGUCAAUCAAGUAACAGCAUGGCAACAAAGAAAAACGGUCAGAAUUUUGGUGUAGAAAAUCAUUCUCACCAAACAGUGCGGAGAGAAAAACAUAUAGAUUCCAAACCAAAAAGUCCUGCCAUCAAAAAAGAAAGAGAGAAAAGGAAUAGUUGGACUAAUGCUGACCUUAUGAAACAAUACUUCAGCAAUAAGCCACUGACUUCAACACCUCUGCCUGUGAAUGAAAAGCAAUGCAUCUCCAAAGCUAUGUGCAAACAAAAAAGGAGAACUAUUGAAUCUAGUCAGCCUGUUGUUAAUGAACGCCAGUGCCAGUUGUCAUUGCUUACAGAACAUACACCAAGUGGACCAGCAUUACAACUGGAAACAACUAGUUCCUCAAUAUGUGAAGCUGCAACUGCUGAAGAACAUCCUGCUGAGCAGCACCUCUGCACUAAUAGAGUCAUAGAUCAAUGCAUCGAGUUAUCUCCAGUAAGAGGAAAAAUUGAACUUUCAAUGUUAAAUGUAUCCAUAGAAGCAGAAGCUGAGGAUGACAGUAUCUAUUUUACACCUGAACUUUAUGAUGAUAUAGAACCAGAGGAACAGCAAAUUGAACCAUUAAUUCAAACGUGUAAUAAUACUGUGAAUCAGAAUGAACAUGGAGCUUGCAUUGUAGCUGAAGAUCUUUUUGAAAUCAGUACUUCAAAAGUAGUAAGCUCAAUUGGAGAAAUAAAAAGUAAUGAUAACAUGAACACAGAAUUAGCUAUAAUAAUGCAAAAUGACAAGAUUAAGGAUAAUACAGUUAGUGAUGCUGAAAGUAUUACUAGAGUAGGAGAAGUAGAACAGAAAAAAUAUCAGGAAAUGGACACCAGAAAAAAGAAAAGUAAACUUUCCAGAUCACGAAACAAAGGACUGAAUGUGCAAAGAGCAUGCAAACGAAGAACCAAGAAUGCUGCUAGUAGGGGAAAUGGCUUCAUCUGUGAAAGAAAGGAAACACACAGCCAACCUUGCAGGUCAGGACUGUAUUGUAUUGUCUGUGAAGCUGAAAUAUUACCAAGGGCAGAGGACUUGGACACAGGUUUAUCUUUAAAUGCUAUCUGGAAUGUGAAGGAAUGUUCUCUGACCAGCUAUUUGCAAUGCAGAAACUGUGUCAUCCGGUCUAUUUCUCCGUGUCCUUUGAUAGGAGCUGAAAUUAUUGAUCUCAAUAACAAUGCACAGUCAUGGGUAAGUUCAAUUGGUUCAUAUUGUGUAUCAGAGGUAGCAAAUGAGUUGUAUGUAUCGAUUGAACAUAUCUAAAUGCCAGUUUUAAAGAGAGUGAAAAUAUACUUUUAAAUAGGGAAAAAUGUAGGUUACUUAAGUCAUGCUUCUACCAGAUAGGUUUGAAAUUAUUUACACUAGAGUGUUUAGUAACUGAGAUUAGGUCACCUUAAAUCAAGACCUUUUUCAGUGUCUGUAGAUAAUUUGAUAGACUGUCUAUAGUUUUAAUUUUAUUAUCAAAAUAUCCAGCAUUUACUAAUAUUUCAUAUAAAAGGAGCACUGACUGAUCUGGGAACAAAACAGAAGAGCAAAGGGUCAUAAAAGGUUGUUACAAGGAGGAGGGAGAAAAAUUAUUGUUCUUAACCUCUGAGGAUAGGAAAAGAAGCAAUGGGCUUAAAUUUCAGCAAGGGAGGUUUAGGUUGGACAUUAGGAAACUUCCUAACUGUCAGGGUAGUUAAGCACUGGAAUAAAUUGCUUAGAGAGGUUGUGAAACUUCCCCCCAUGUUAAGUUCUCCUCACACCUUCUAUGGGUCAUCUCGAUUAUCACUUCAAAGUUUUUUCUUCUGCUGCUACUGAUAGCUCAUCUCAAUUGAUUGGCCUCUUACAAUUGGUAUGUGUACAAAUGGUAUACAACUUCCACCUUUUCAUGUUCUCUGUAUGUAUAAAUAUCUUCUGUCUGUGUGUUUCACUCUAUGCAUCUGAAUUAUUACCCAACAAUAUAAAAUAGCUGAUCACUGUAAGUUAUAAUAAAAUGAGUUCAUGAUUUACCAAG